AUGAGAUCAAUAUUUGUUUUGCUGUUUUUGCUAAUUAAUGCUGUUCUUGGUGGAUCUCCAACAGGAGGUUACGCCCCAGGAAGAGUCACAUGUCCUAGUGAUAAGGUUACUCGUUCCGCAUUAGAAGGUAUUGGUGCUGAUGAAAAAUCAUAUAUUGAUGAAAGGUACAAGAUUGCUAAAUCUGAAAUGACUACUUUCCUUAAGAACGCAAAUAUGUCUGAUUUUGAUGUUGACUCAUUUAUGGAACAAUAUAAUCCUACUAUUGGUAUUGCAUUUAGUGGUGGUGGUUACAGAGCUAUGUUAUCAGGUGCUGGUAAUAUGAAGGCAUUGGACUCCAGAGCCAAAGAACCUUCUGUUCUUGGUGGUAUCUUACAAAGUGCAAGUUAUAUGGUUGGUUUAUCCGGUGGUGCUUGGCUUACUGGUAGUGUUGCAAGUAACGAUUUCAUCAGUGUUGAUGAUGCUUUAGAUCAAGGAAAAUUAUGGAACUUGAAAAAUUCUUUGCUUACUUACAAUGGAAUUUUGGGUGUUAUCAGUAAUGCAAUCAUGUGGACUAAAAUUGAUAUUCAAGUUAAAUUGAAGUUUCUUUUUGGUUCAACUAUCAGUAUCACUGAUUUGUAUGGUCGUGCUUUAAGUUACCAAUUAUUAGCCAACACCAAGGAUCAAGGUGAUGCUUUUACUUUGUCUGAUGUCACCUCCCAAUCAAAGUUCAAGAGCUAUGAAAUGCCAUAUCCUAUCUUGGUUGCUCUUGGAAGAGAGCCAAAUGAAUAUAUCAUGAACUUCAACUCAACUGUUUUUGAAUUGGCACCAUACGAAAUGGGAUCUUGGGACCCAAGUUUAAGAAGUUUCAUGCAAACUAAAUAUUUGGGUAGUAGUGUUGAUGAUGGUACUGCUUCUGGAAAAUGUAUCAAUGGUUUUGAUAAUGCUGGUUUCUUGAUGGGCACAUCUUCUUCAAUUUUCAAUGGUAUUAUGAUUGCUGUUAAGAAUGGAGAUUUCCCACGAUUCAUUAAAAGUAUCAUUAACACUUUUAUUGUUGACCCAAUUCAAAAGGCAAAUGUUGAUAUUGCACACUAUAACCCGAAUCCAUUCUAUAAGAAGAGUAAUCCAGACGGUAAAAUUGCUAAAUCUAAAGAGCUUUACUUGACUGAUGGUUCUUUUGAUGGUCAAAAUGUUCCAUUCCUUCCAUUGGUUCACAGAAAUGUUAGUGUUAUAUUUUCCUAUGAUCAAGGUGAUGAAACUUCUACCAAUUGGCCAGAUGGUUCUGCAAUUAUUAAAACUUAUGAAAGACAAUUCUCCAAUCAAGGUAAAGAUAUUGCUUUCCCAUAUGUUCCAGAUCAAAAUACUUUUAGAAACUUGAACUUGACUAGUAGACCAACUUUCUUUGGUUGUGAUGCUAAGAACUUGACUUCCCUUACCGAAAACAUUUAUGACGUUCCAUUGGUUAUUUACAAUGCUAACCGUCCAUUUAGCUACUGGUCAAAUACUUCCAUUAUCAAGUUGAAGUAUUCUAAUGAUGAAAGAAACGGUAUGAUUCAAAAUGGUUAUGAUCUUGCUUCAAGGAAGAAUGGUGAAUUAGACAGUGAAUUUGCUGCUUGUGUUGGUUGUGCCAUUAUUAGAAGAGAACAAGAAAGAAAUGGUGUUGAACAAUCUGAACAAUGUAAACAAUGUUUUGCCAAAUACUGUUGGGAUGGUACCGUUUACGAAGGUGAAUCAUUAGGUGAUAAUUUCAGUGACGAAGGUUUGACUUCUUCUACUGAAUUCUACAACAGUUCCAAUGUUAAAGGUAUCAAUGACGGUGCUGCAGAUAUCGUCUAG